AUGAUCCUGAGGCUCCCUCCUGGAGCCCCCGACAUAGGACUCGAGGGGGCUUUUCCUCGGCGGGGAUUCUCCGGGCGGGUCCGGCGGGGCGGUGACUGGUCUGAGGAAAGGGAAUGUGGUCUGAGCGGAAGGGAAUGUCGGCUGCAAAGUGGUCUGAGGGCCAGUUUCCCAGGGGAGGGGUAUCUAUUUGAUUAUUUGAUCAGACCUCACGUGCACGAGGCCAAAAGUGGUUCCCUAGCCAUGCUGUUGCCGAUGAACAGCCAGGGCCAGGACCGCUGUGUCCUCACCUGCACUGAGUGCAAGCAGCGGGUGGAGACAGGCUGGCACUGCCCCGGGUGCGAGGACUACGACCUUUGCAUCAACUGCUACAACACCAAGGGCCACACCCACGAGAUGGUGAAGGUGGGGCUGGGCCCGGAUGAAGAGGCCGAGGAGGGCGAUCAGGGCGGCAACCAGGGGGAGAUGCCGGUCAGGAGCAUCCGGGAGGCUCGGCGCCUGAGCAUCCUGCGCAGCAUCCAGACCCUGAGGCACGCCCGCCAUUGCGGCGACGCCAACUGCUCUCGGAACGACUGUCAGAAGCUGAAGCGUGUUGUGCUGCACACCACGCGCUGCCAGCGCAAGGCCAUUGGAGGCUGCCCAGUGUGCAAGCAGCUAAUCGCCCUUUGCUGCUACCAUGCCAAAGAAUGCCAAGAAAACCCAUGCCCCGUUCCCUUGUGCCUCAACAUCAAACAGAAGAUCCGCGAGCAGCGGCUCCGGCUCCGCCGAGAGCGGCUCCGGCUCCGCCAGCAGCGGAUUGGGAACCGCCUGCUGCAAGGUUAGCUCAUGUGCCAGCCGAUGCCACCAUGAACUCCCGUCACGUGCCUCAGCAGUCUGCCAUCCCCUCCUUGAGCACCACCCUGGACACCCCCACAGCAGCCCAACACACCCCAGACACCACAGCCUCCGACUCAGUCCCAGCCCUGGCCUGUAAGCAUGUCACUAGCCAGCUUUUCAGCUCGGCCAGAACUUCACCCCACCAGUGUCCACGGGGAAGCCCACUAACCUUCAGCUGCAGCCCAGCCUGCAGCCCAGCCUGCAGAACCUGAACGCCAUGCAAGCCAGCGGGCCCGACCUGCUGUCCCUCCGCAGCAGCAACAGUGGGAGGCCUGAACCCCCAGAGCCAGGCCUUGAACAUCAUGUACCCGGGGCGCAACCCCAGCGUGGCGAGAAUGAACCACAGCACAGAGAGAUGCCGCGGAGCAGCAGCAGCAGCAGGAAGGCAGCGCUGGCAUGGCUGCAGGUCUGGCAGGACACGCCCAGUUCCAGCAGCCUCAGGGACAUGAUGCCACCCACAGCCAUGCAGCAGCUGCAGAUCCAGCAGCCGAUUGGGUCCCAGGCCAGCCAAACCCUGUUAGGCAUAUUCUGUACCUUUCCCUUGCCUCAGUUUCUCCCAUGUGCUCAGUACUUUCUGUUGUCCUCGCUUGAGGCUCCUGUCCUCUCUGCCAUUUUCCUGUUACUCUCAUUUCAGGUGUCACAGGAGACAACUAAGCAGCUGAGAAAAGCAGCUCUAGACCCAGCCUCCUGCAACCACCUGCACCUCCAUCCGACCCACACAGAGACAUAAAUAUCCCGCCCUCCCUACUCUUGCUUGCUGAAAUGGAUAUGCUGGUGUGUAUUAAUAAUACCAUUUCUAGCCCUAACCAGCUUGGCUCAGUGGAUAGAGUGUCAGUCUGCACACUCUGGGUCCCAGGUUCAAUUCUGGUCAGCAGCAUAUACCUUGGUUGCAGGCACAUCUCCAGUAGGAGGUGCAGGAGGCAGCUGAUAACAUUUUCUCUCAUUGAUGUUUCUAACUCUAUCCCUCUCCCUUCCUCUCUGUAAAAAAAAUCAAUAAGAUAUACAGUGGGGCCUUGACUUACAAGUUUAAUUUGUUCCGUGACGGAGCUCGUAACUCAGAAUACUCGUAUGUCAAAUCUUAAAGUGAACGAGUGAGACACGUGAUGCUGGGCUGAUGUUGUGGCAUUCACUGUGACGUUCGCUGCACCAACUAGCGAUGGGGUAUCUGAAGCUGGCUUGUAACCCAAGUUUUAGCUCACAACUCAAAGCAAAAUAUCGGCCGAGAGAGGGCUCAUAUCUUGAAAAACUCGUUAGUCAGGACACUCGUAAGUCAAGGCCCCACUGUAUUUUUAAAAUUAAAAAAAUAAUAUUUUUCUAAAUUCUCACAACGUCUUUUGACCUGUCUGCUGUCAGCACGGACCUAACAAACCCCAUGUGCCCCAGCAGCACAGGCUCUCAGAGAGCCACAGGCCUCUCCUCCCUGGCCAGCAGAUGGCCACAUCCCUCAGUAGCCAGGUGAGAUCUCUGACCCCUGUCCAGUCUCCAGACCCCAGUCGCAGCCUCCACGUUCCAGCCCAUCACCACGGAUACGCCCCAGCCUGCACCACACCACCUCUCCCCCCAGACUGGUUCUCCCCACACAGGACUCCCUGUCACCAUGGCCAGCUCCAUAGAUUGGGGACACUUGGGGAACCCCAAACAUGCAAUGCUACCACAGCUGGAUACCCCCCACAGGAUGCAUUGCCCAGUGAGCUGUCCCUGGUCGGUGACACUACAGUAGACACCCUAGAAAAGUUUGUGUAAGUUUUGUAGCAUUGUGAGAAGUCACUUUUUUGUUCAAUGUUCUUGCACCAUUUGUACUGAAAUUCAAGAAUCUAGGCUCUUUUUAUUCCUAGAUGGAACUGCUACUUCCAAGCCACAGAAGGGUAGAUUGCUGUUCAAAGAAACAAUAAAAAGUAUAUGUUUUUGUUAGAAACCAGUUGAUUUAAAUAUCUCUCUUUUUGCUUUCUUAAAAAAUUUUUUGUUCCUGUGACAGGGUUGGUGGUAAUUGCUGGUGACUCAUGCUUUCUUAAUAGGAAAGAAAGUUCAUUAUAUCCAUAUUUUUAAGAUUUGAAACAUUUUUGUUUAAAAGAGGAGGAAAAUAAUAUUCAGAAACUGAUUCCUGAAAUAAUGCAAGCUUAUAAUGUAAUGUAUCCUGACGGCUUUCUGACAUUGUGGGGAGAUUUUUUCUAUUAUUUACUCGGGGAGUUCUCAAAUUAUUGCCCCUGGAUGAUAGGAAUUGGCUCCUGAGCACACACACACACACCCCACAUCCAUCUAUACAUUCUGUCUUAAGCCAAACUCUUGUCAAAGAUGUUGAAAAUGUUGCUUAGUUUCUCUGAUAAAACUUAUUUCAGACCAAAAAUAGGGAUGAUCACUCUCUUAGACCAUGCUAAUGUUAAUAGAGAAGAGCAUUCUUUCUUCUAUGUGAAACUUGAAAUGAGGAAAAGCAAGUCUAGUGUCAAUCAUGCCAGUGCUAUAAUUACCAUAGAUAUGAAAACAAGAAGAUUCAAUCACUAUAGUAAAGUACCAACCCAUAUCUUAUAUUGUUAAAUAAACUGAGUGCAACACACAAAAAGCAAAAGCAGAUAACUUUAUCUUAAUGAUGUACUGAGUUCCACAAAAAGAAAUCCAAUUUGGAAUUUGAAUGGAAUUGGGCUGCCUCUGUAGGAUAAUCAUUAAUUCAAUUAGGUCUUAAUAAAGCCAUCCAAGAUGAGGUCAUCCGGUACAAAAGCACGGAGAUGCUCUACUUAUUCAGAUUAUCUUAAAUUUUUAAAUUUCUAUAGAAGUUUUACUGUUAAUGCCCAGAUAUUUUGUGAUCCUUAUUGCUACUGUGAAUGAUUUCUUU